AUGACUUCGGCGGGCGGCCUGCAUGGAGGAACCACUUGGAAAUCUACCACGGGUCCAGAUUCAAGUUCAAGUUCGAGCACUGCCGUACCUGCUGGUGUUUGGUUCUCGACACCACACCCAAUUACUAUCCAGCCAUUGCCAACAGUGUCAAUCGUCAUUCCCCCGCUAACAAAAACUAUCCCUUCCGUCACAAUCUCAAGUGGCAAGCCUAAAUCAACGAAGUCCGCCGAAGGUCAUGGAACUCGUAACUGCAAGAUAUUUGGCUGCAAAUCACAUUGCGGCUUGUUUGCCUGUUACGGUGGGUGUGGAAUUUUUGGCUGUAGUGGUGGUUGCGGUCCACUCGGAUGUUUUUGGGGGGACUGUCCCCUUAUUAAGUGUGGAGGCCUUGGUUAUGUCACAGGGUGCGGAUCUAGUGGGCCCGAUAACGGUGGUAACAAUAACAGCAAUAACAAUGAGAAUGUCAACGACGAUAAUGAUUGUGAUGAUCCUGUUACUGCGUUGGCGGGUACGGGGAUUAUUAGUAAUUGGGGCCCUUCGCCAAUGACAGAGUAUUCGUCAACAACAAAGAAUGAAUGCCAGGAGUCCGUUGCAUGCAGCGCCAGAGACACAAGAACAACUACUACCGACACAACACAUUAUCCUGUAACAACAGCAAUCAUGACUGGCUUCUACGAUAUAGAUCGGACGCCUACAAAUACCAAUUACGAUGCUAUUGCUCCUUCUGUCAUCGAAGCCGGAUUGAAAUAUUACGGCUCCUUGCAAUCAACCACUACAACAACGAUCACUGCGUCGCUCACAGCAAGCAUUUCUACCGUUACCUCCAUCAUAUUGGUGACACCAAGACCAACACCAAUGGCACCUCGAGCAGUCUGUUUCCUGCACGAUGACACUCUUUGGUUGAAUUUCAGAUAA